GCCAUCCCUCUUCAUUUGCAUCGCUUUUGUCGUCUGAUCGUGAAAAUGCUCCCCUAAAUCAUCUCCUUUCCAAUGGCCUCUCUUUGGCCAUUUACCCUGCGCUAUCUUCCUAAACCUCGGCCAGUGAAAGCAGUUGUUUGCGCCUUCUCUGUGGCUAUUGCCAUUUGCAUCUAUAGUACAUAUCCUUUCCCCAUAUCCUUUUUUCGGCCUACCCUCGAUGAAUCACUUUUAUUCACCAAGUACCAAUACCCCUCCUUGAAUCCGGAUCUCUAUCCUCUAAAACCGCUCAAGAGCGAGUGCAAAGCACAUAAUCUUACAACAGCCUCAGCUGUUCCAAGUUUUCCGCCCAUCGAGCCCUCUGAAAUCAAUGAAGUCACUCCAUCUACUGUUCUCUUGAUUACUGCUUCAAAGGACAAUAGAUAUUGGGUCACCAUUAUGGAACACCUCCUGGUUCCCUAUGAAGUGUUCUAUCUGAGUGAGAUACCAAGACCGACUACUUCUCCUUUUCUUGACCGUCUCGAACGACCGGAUUUACUCCCUAUCGGAUUGAUCAUCUUCGAGGAUUUCGCGGCUUACAUUGCUCUUCCACUGUGGCAACGACAUGCCUUGGACGACUAUUGCCGAGCUAAUAAAAUCGGAGUAAUUGGAUUCCUAAAGGAUGGUCAAUCGUUUUCCACUGAGCCCGGUUCACUCUCCCAAGUUGGUACUUUGCCCCUUUACCUUCAUCGGCUUUUAACCCACCCAUGGGGCCUUUUUGUGGCGAACAAUGUUUCCAUGUUGCGGAUCACACGCGGUGGUCGUAUGCGACCCGGUCCACUGUUGUUUCCUGACCCGCCCAUCCAGGGAACUGCUCCAGUUUGUUGUCAGGCUACCUUGGUCCCCUGGCCUGGCCUUGAGAGAUAUUUCGUUCCGUUGGUAUUCACUAGGAUCGAAGUUAAAUCCGGACAUCCUGCGAUGACAUCGUCGUGUGUAGGCAAUAGAUAUUGGAUCACCAUUAUGGAACACCUCCUGGUUCCCUAUGAAGUGCUCUAUCUGAGUGAGAUACCAAGACCGACUACUUCUCCUCUUCUUGACCGUCUCGAACGACCGGAUUCACUGCCUAUCGGAUUAAUCAUCUUCGAGGAUUUCGCGGCUUACAUUGCUCUUCCACUGUGGCAACGACAUGCCUUGGACGACUAUUGCCGAGCUAAUAAAAUCGGAGUAAUUGGAUUCCUAAAGGAUGGUCAAUCGUUUUCCACUGAGCCCGGUUCACUCUCCCGUGUUGGUACUUUGCCCCUUUACCUUCAUCGGCUUUUAACCCACCCAUGGGGCCUUUUUGUGGCGAACAAUGUUUCCAUGUUACGGAUCACACGCGGUGGUCGUAUGCGACCCGGUCCACUGUUGUUUCCUGACCCGCCCAUCAAGGGAACUGCUCCAGUUUGUUGUCAGGCUACCUUGGUCCCCUGGCCUGGCCUUGAGAGAUAUUUCGUUCCGUUGGUAUUCACUAGGAUCGAAGUUAAAUCCGGACAUCCUGCGAUGACAUCGUCGUGUGUAUUAUCGAGAAACGCAUCGCUCAACGAAACGCGCAAUGAAGUAUACCAAAGUUUAGUUCUGGAAGACCUUGGAUUGUUUGACGGGAUACACAGGGUUCUCUUCGCAAUGUCUGCUGACAGCUUUUGGCUUAACUCUAUGCUGAUUCUCGACGCAAUCGUCUAUCUUGGCCGACCAUCUAUGCGCGCCUCUCCACUCAUUUCAACACCGCCAUACUCCCCAUCCUACACUCCAUUAGCUGUGGCACCGUACGGUCUCACCCGUUGGAUUUUGAUUGACAUUGAUGACGUUUUCAACGUCGGAGUUGGUACUCCUUACACCGAAGAUGACGCUUUAGCACUAGUGCUCGCGCAACACCGUUGGCGCCAGUGGAUAUCCAACUUCACCUUCAAUCUCGGAUUUUGUGGCCAAUAUUACGAAUAUCCAUCUGGCCCAGAUCUACCAGGAUAUCAACGCCUUCUCAAAUAUCGUGACAGCUUUUGGUGGUUCGAUCAUCUGUGGAACCAUCAGCAGGCGCACCAACUGACCCGGAAACAGCUUGUCGAAUCCAUGCUUUUGAAUAAACUGUUCGCCCGGGUGAAAUGUUCGUCCCUCGCCUGA